CUCUGAAGAGCAACAACCGGCUCUGUCAAUGAACUGUGACAAGGUGUUGUUCUUUGGGUUUUCUCCUCCCUCUCUUGCCUUCCGGGAACACUAAUUGGCCACAUGCAGAGUAAUGUGACCAAUCGAAUCAUCCUCGGCCAAGAGCCGGAGCUGCAGAUCGGAAGAGCAGAGCGUUGGGCUCAGUCCGGCUCCCACGCCGAAGAGUUCCUGGGGUGACACUUCGUUCUUUUUCCUUCUUUUAACCUUUUGGAAUACCUCAGGAUUUAAACCCCAUCUCAUCCCAAGGGUUUGGUAGUCUCCCGCCCCUGACCUGGCCCCCCCUGCCCCCCCGCCCGCCGUCGGAUCAGCGCUCAGGUGAAAAGUGCACCAUCAGAGGGGCAAUCCCUGGCCCUUCUGCUGCACCACGAUACCUUCACCCUGACCUGCCCUCUGUCCGUCGCCUCCCCGUAACCAUGACGACCAAAACGACCAACGACCUGGAAGGGAACAAGGCCUCCUCCUCCCCUCUCCUGUUGUCCACAUCAUCUCCGUCCUCCCUGUCCUGCCAGCGCUUGGUGACCAAGGAUGGCCACUGUGCCCUGCGCUCCCCCGCUCCCUCUGCGGGCCUCUGGCCGUCUUGGUCCUCCGCCUCCGCCUGGCUCCUGGCGCUACAGGACCUUUGGGGUGCGGUGGUGUGCCUGCGCUGGCGCUGGGUCCUAUUGGCCUUCUGCACCUCCUUCCUGGCCCACUGGCUGCUGUUCGCCUGCCUGUGGUACCUACUGGCCCACCUGAACGGAGACCUGGUCGUGGAGGACCACGACGCUCCUCCAGACGGUCACGUGGUGUGCGUCAAACACAUCACCAGCUUCACCGCGGCCUUCUCCUUCUCCCUGGAGACCCAGCUGACCAUCGGGUAUGGCACCAUGUUCCCCAGCGGAGACUGUCCCAGCGCCAUCGCCCUGUUGGCUGUUCAGAUGCUGCUGGGUCUCAUGCUGGAGGCCUUCAUCACAGGUGCGUUUGUGGCCAAGAUCGCCCGACCCCAAAAGCGUGCGGGGGCCAUCCAGUUCAGCCCCCAGGCAGUGGUGGGGCACCACCAGGGCCAACCCUGCCUCAUGUUCCGGGCCACCAACCUGUUGCGUCGCCCCCUGGUGGAUGUGGAGGUCAGCGCCGUUCUGUACGAAGAGAAGGAUGGCCAGGUCCUGCACCAGACCAACCUGGACUUCCAACUAGACCGCCUGGGCGCACGCCCCUGCCCCUUCUUCAUCUUCCCACUCACCUUCUACCACGUUCUGGACCGCAAUAGCCCCCUCUACCCGGCCCUGCGGGAGGGCAGUGCCAGCCACUUUGAGCUGGUGGUGUUUCUCUCCGCAUCCCAGGAAGGCACGGGCGAUGCCUGCCAGAAGAGGACGUCCUACCUUCGUCAGGAGAUCCAGUUUGAUCGACUCUUCUUGCCCGCCAUGGGGUUUGACAAACAGGGCAGGUACCAGGUGAGCAGCCAGCACUUUGGCAUUGCCCACUGCAAGGAGCCGCUGGACAAGGAGUUUGUGGUGCAGAUCAACGGGGAUGGGAGUGACAGGAUGGAGUAAGGAGAUGAAAGGGGAGGAUGAUUGGAAGGGGGUUGGGCAGAGAAUCAUAAGCCGGGGGGUCAAGGGUGUAGAAGAAAAAGAUAUGUUGAGUGAGGGCUGAGGGAAGUAUCACAGGGAUAGAGAAAUUGGAAAAGGGCUAAGGGCAGAGGUCAGACAGGGAGAGGUAAGGGCAAUACGCCAUGCAAGUGACCUGUCGAUUUCCAGGAAGUAGCCUUGUAUUUUUUAUAACUUUUUUUAGGCUUUUUUAACGUUAUUCAAUGGGCAAAUACGCAAUGGAUCAUCAAAGCAAAAAACUUCGUAAAAUGCAUUUGGCAGAGGUUUAUUCAUCCACAAACACAAAUAUAAUUUUAAACAGUAUCUUAUACGACAAUUUUUUAUGAAUUUUAUGACAUAAUAAAAUCAUCAUGCCCAUUCAGAUCAGCUCUGAAAAAGAUCUGAUGUAAAAAACGAGAUCUCAAAAUACCAAAUUAUGGAAAACACAGUGACUUUCAAAAGUAUUCAAACCCCUGUACUUCCUUUCUGUUUCCUUUCCUUUCUGUUUAAUAUUUUAUUUGAAAACACUGACACUCAAAAAUCUAUUAUUAUAUGGUUACAUUGGUUAUAUGCUUAGAAAUAUGUAUGCUUAGAAAAAUGCAAAAUCUGAAAUAUAUUGCUUUUAUAAAUAUUAAAUCCCUGUGCUGUGGAAGCUCCCAGAAUGUGCCGUAACAAGAACAGUUACCUCACCAUUGGCCUCCACGUGAGAGCCAUUCCAUUUGCUGUCACAUUUUCUGGAUAAGAAACUACAGCUUAAGGAUCAGUGGUCAGGCUGUGAAUUUGAUGGAACAUUAAGACCAAAGACCAUUAUACUGACAUUAGGGUUAAAGUAAGAGACAUGCAUAGAUUAGGAAUAGGUUACAAAAUAUUGAAUUGUUUGUUUACAAAAUAAAGCUUGGGAGUAAAUUCACCUUUCAACACAACACUGAUCCCAAGCACAAGGCAAAGCCACAUUAUAGUGGCUCACGAAUAUAUAGACAAAUGUCCUACAGGAAGAAGGGGACACAAUCUCUCAGGAAUGGAACUGUCAAUCAAUGUGAUUGCCACUGAUGUGUGCAAAACUGGGACAUAUCUACUUACCAAAAGACUGUUAUUGCAGCAAAAGUUGUCUUUAUCAAAUACUUGUGUAUAGGGGUUGAAUAUUUAUUUAUGCAACAUAUUUCAGUUUUUUAUUAUUCUUAAACAUAUUAUAAAACCCAUGCCACCACUAAACAAUUGAUUGUUAGUGUCAGUGUUUUAAAAUAUAAUAACAGAACAAAAUGCCAAUGUAUCAUCACUACAUGUAUGAUGACAGUAAAAUGAGGUAAAAUCAUUACAGUAAAAUGAGGGAAUUGGUCAGGUUUUUGAAUAUUUUUGCAAGACAAUGUAAAUCAGAAUUGGGCUGCAAGUUCAUAUGUAGCCUUUGACUUGGUAACCUGGACCUUACCAAACAGCAUUCAUCAAGUUCAUUGAAGACCACUAGACUGUAGAACUUCUCACCUCCUGGAGAUCUCAACAACCAACGGGCACAUUCACUGCCAUGAAGGAAGAUAUUCCACAAUCGAACUACGCUGCUAUGGAAUACACUCUUCCACUGGUUUUACACAGGCAGCCCAAUUCAAUUCUAUGGCAAAAAGCUGAUCAUGUUGGUCAAAAGACAAAUUCAUAAAAACUCCUAUUUAAAAAAAUAAUAAGAUUGGGCUGUUUGUGUACACAGCCUCAGUAGUGUAGAGGAACCUUGUACUUUGAGUGGUGACUCAAUGGGAACUCAAUGUCUUCAAUAACUUUAACUGAGGUAUAUUAUAUUGAACUGUCAGAUAUAUCAGUCAAGCCUUAGAAAAUAUUAUAGUUGAUUUAACUGCAAAUUGAUUAGAUUACAGCCUUAAAUGUUUAGGAGAAAUCUUCACAGAAAUCAGUUUGUGUCUAUAUGCACCAAAUAUUAGCCACAGAAAAAAAAAUGUAAUAUGUUAUACAUUGUAAAAUACUAUGGCUUUAGAUUGAGCACUUUAGUAAUAGCUUCAGCAUUUGCAGAAAGAUGUAAGUUGAUCGUUAUAUUUGCCCUUUGAAUUUAUGUAAAGACAAAAAUCACUACUACAUCAUGCAUAUAGUGUAUGCAUGACUCAACAACAGCAAUUCACCACGAUUAAGGAGUAUUUGGAAGGAAUGUUGUGGAAAGAAAGCCCUGAUUUUGAGAGAUGAAAUCUUAUUGUAUCAUAAUACAUGUUCCAAUG